AUGGAACGGAUAGAAGGAUGGAGAGAUAGAAUGAGCGGAAAGCAAACGCUUCGGUCGUUGGUUGAUGUAAGGAAUGUAAGGGGAAAGCAGGGACGAUACCGCCUCGGUGUGUACGGAUCCGUUCAUAGAGAUACACAGACAGACUCAGAAACAUGUAGAGAUACACAUACUGUAAAUAUAACAGACAACAAACAAUUUGUCUUUGGGAAAAUAGCAAACAUCAACAAGAGAAAGGCUUUUACAAACAGUAACUUUGCAAUCAAUCAGCCGACAAUUCAUCCAUCGAUUGACUGUCACACUGCAAAUGUUUUAUCAAAAUUUCGCAAGAAAACACAAUCUAAUGCUGUAAAGCUGUGUUUUGGGUAUGAUACAUUCCUUUGUAUUAUGAGAUUGUAUGAGAUCUUUUCAGAUCCAUGUGAACUUUACAUGUCAUUAUUCAUCCGUCAAUUCAUUUAUCAUAAAACAUUUCAGAUUUCAUUCGAUUAG